AUGCUCGCCCUCCCAUUAUUCCGCAAAACAACUGCUAUACGGACAGCAAUCCGUUCAAUCUCAACUCUCCAAUCAAAUCCCCACAUCUAUGUCUUCCCCCAUCCAUCCUCGCCCUCAACAGCACACCUCCUCUCCCUCCUCCCCACAUCCCCGCCCUCAGUAAAGCUCUCCCUAGGCACAACGACACAAAUCCCACCAACCCCAGACUCCCUGACCGAGAACCCGCGCUUCCUUUCUAUACUAAACGAAGUCCUGUCCCAACAUGCAGCUUCAGACCCAAUGGUCGCAGGCCAAGCGGCCGCUUUCGCGUCGUCUUCAGGCUCAGCGUUGGGAUCCGGAGGCAUGUUCUUCCCGCAGCAACGGAAAAAGCACGUUCCUCGCGCUGGAGGAGGAGGGGGCACGGGCGGUGAUGGAGCGGGUGGUGCUAGUAGUCAGGGAGGAGCUGGGGGCGGGGGAAGG